UCAUUUGUUGUGCAAUUGCUUAAAGAGAAUAAUUCUACUCGCGACAGGCGAGUGAAAAUUUUACCGUUAGCCGUUGGCUGCUGCAGCCGUACGUGAAUUAACAACCGAGUUGCCUUGAUAUAAAGACAAGUGCAUAGAAAUAAGACCCGAAACAUAAUGAAGAAGUAGCAUGAAUUUCGCUUGUGUACAUGUGUGUAUGGCGGUGUGUUUGUGUGUGUGUCUGUAUUAGCUUAGUGAUAUUUUUAAUUGUCGCCGACGCCGUCGCUGUCGCUGCCCCAUUGUCAAAUUCAAAGUUCCGCUGUGGCGACCGCAUUUUCCGUUAGUCAACAUUUACAGCUAAGCAGCGGCAGAGCUCUUGCCUACGUGCCCACACAACAAUAAUAACAAUAAAGCCCCCCUCCCGAAAAACGCCAGCGUCGACGUCGCUGUCCGACAUCGUUACCUUGAAGUGACGCCGCCGCAGUCACAAGGCGCACGCGAGCCGUCGGUUCUCGCCGCUUCCUCGCCUCCCUCGCCCAGAACAAAGUUCAAGUCUGGGGCAGCCGCUUUUGCAAGCACACAUACAUCACGUGUUUGCGUCGACCACAACAUUGUAGCUAAACAUCACGCGCUCACUCAACGACAAAUUCGUCGCACUCGCUCACAGUACUAGAAUUACUCUCACACCAUGUUCUCACUACAGCAAUUGAUCAAAACGACAGCCGCAGCGUCGCCGGGUGGCAGCAGCGUAGGUGGCGCUGCUGAUCUAUACAAGUUCCUUAGGCAACUCAGCAGCAGCUGCAGCGGCGGCAGCGUCGCGAGCACACGCGGCGUGACGUCAUCGGCGGCAGCUGAAGCUACAACUACAGCAAUACCAAAGCAAUCUAGUCAAGCGCCGUCAAGCGAAUUCAACUUCAGCGACAGCGUCAGUCACAAUUCGCCUUCGAUAGCGCACGGUUGCUGUUCGAGCGAAUCGAAUUCGGAGUCGGCGCACUUUGUCAAUUUAUCAAAGCAAUUUGUACGCAAUUUACUGCAGCAGCGCAGCCAGGACAUACAGCGACAGCUACACACUCAGCGCAGCGAGAAUAACGCCAAAUCCUCGCAUCCGCAGCAGCAGCAGCAGCAACAACAACAGACAACCACAAAGUUCGCCAUGUCCUCACUGGCAGCGGAGCCUCUCCAGGCGGAAAUCUCCACCAGCGAAGGCAGCAGCAUAACAGCUGCUGCGGCAGCUGCUGGCGACGGCGCCGCCUGCCACGACGCAGCCUCCAGUGCGGGAAAGAAGCCCUGCUUCAGCACAGGCCUCGCAGACAUUCUGCAGUUUAUGGAGCUCAUUGGAAACCUGAAACACACCAAACGCACCGGCUGGGUGCUGCGGGACGUCAAUGACUGCGAGUCCAUCUCGGGUCACAUGUAUCGGAUGAGCAUGCUGACCUUUCUGCUGGACGGCAGCGAGGGUCUGAACCAGAUACGCUGCAUGGAGCUGGCGCUGGUGCAUGAUCUGGCCGAGAGUCUGGUGGGCGACAUUACGCCCUUCUGCGGUGUAUCCAAGGAGGAGAAGCGCGCCAUGGAAUUCAAGGCCAUGGAGGAUAUAUGCAAGCUGAUUGAGCCGCGCGGCAAACGCAUCAUGGAACUCUUCGAGGAAUACGAGCACGCGCAGAGCGCCGAAUCCAAGUUUGUCAAGGAUCUGGAUCGUCUGGAUAUGGUCAUGCAGGCGUUUGAGUAUGAGAAGCGCGACAAUUGCCUGCUAAAGCAUCAGGAAUUCUUUGACUCGACGGAGGGCAAAUUCAAUCAUCCGUUUGUCAAGAAGCUGGUCAACGAGAUCUACGAGCAGCGCCAGCUGCUGGCCAAGGCCAAAGGUGCCACGCCGCCGCCGGCCAUUGAAGUGCCUGUCAUGGAAGCCACCGCAACGCCCACAAAUCUGGCCAAUGGGCAUGGCAGCUCAAGUUGAAGCAGAUAAAUGGGGGGACCACUGCACUAUGACGCUGUAACAGUUUUAAGUUUUGAAAUUUAGGCUUAGCGCAUAUAUGUAUACACACACAAACACACACACACACACAGACACACCGACACACUCACACAAACACUUUAUUUGUAAGCAACUCCAACUAACAAAGAUUGUUCAGCCUACCUCGACACGCUCAUAGUUAGAAUUAAGAUAUAUAUAUUGAUAUAUAUAUAUAUAUCUGUCUAUGCAUAUAUUUAUAAUUUUAAUUUAUUUAACAAUUUACGUAACUUCCCCCUUUUAGCUUAACUACCUGACACCAUUUGUUAAACACUUUAGUUCAAUUCAAUCUACAAUAAGCGUUAAAGUCUUAGCUAAUUACUUGAUUCAAUCUAGAACACAAUUGUAUAUACAUAAGCUAAACCCAAUUGUAGCUAAUUUUAAAUGUAACAAUGUGAAUGUUGUUAGAUGCAAAAUUGUCAAGAUCAAAAUUCAAAUCUAUUGUUUUUAAUGGAUUACAAAAUUUUCCUAAUGCAAAUUACUUUUCCUUGAACAAACAGUUGAUGUAAGAAAUUGUUGGCAUAUGUCAAAACUAUAAACUAAAUUAGGCAAAACAAUUUAAAUAAAAACAAAAAAAAAAACAAUU